AUGAAGGACGUCGAUGAUAUUCACCGUCCCAUGCUUAACAGCCUCCAGAGUACCUCAGCCAAGAUGAAGAAGGUUGUCCUCUCAGUCAAUGCUGGGUCCUCUUCCGUCAAGAUCUCAGCCUACAGCGCCCUCUUCGGCCAAGCACCCAUCCAGCUUGCCGAGGCCCAAAUAAGCGGCCUGACCGCACCACCCGCCACCCUUCGGUAUACACGGCACGGUGAGAAGGUGAUUAAGGACGAAGAAGUCAAAGACCAAAAGGUGUCUACCCAGGCAGACGCCUUUGACAUCCUUCUCAAGACCUUGAUCGACGACGACGGCGUGCCCGAGAUCAGCAGCAAGGAGGAUAUCGCCUACGUCUGCCACCGCAUCGUCCACGGCGGCGACUUUGUCCGCCCAAAACUGAUCUCGGACGAGACCUACCACAACCUCGAGAAGCUCAAUGACCUGGCGCCGUUGCACAACUCUACAUCCCUCGUCAUCGUCCACCGCUGCAUGGGCGAUCUGCCCAAGACGACCCUCAACAUCGCCUGCUUCGACAGCCAGUUCCACCACACCAUCCCCGAGCACAUCCGGACGUACCCCAUCAACCAGGACAUCGCGCGGAGCAACCACCUGAGGAAGUACGGCUUCCACGGUAUCAGCUAUGCCUUCAUCACCCGCGCCACCGCCGAGUUUCUGGGGAAGAAGGUCGAAGACGUCAACAUCAUUGCUCUCCAUCUCGGCUCCGGAGCCAGCGCGUGUGCCAUCAAGGACGGAAAGAGCCUGGAUACUAGCAUGGGACUGACUCCCCUAGCUGGACUUCCAGGCGCGACAAGAAGCGGGAGUGUCGAUCCUAGUCUCGUCUUCCACUAUGCCAGUGACGUAGGCAAGCUCUCCCCGGCUUCCACAAAGGAACUGCACAUCUCCCGCGCCGAAGAGAUCCUCAACAAGGAAUCCGGCUGGAAAGCCCUAACAGGCACCACCAACUUUGGCACCAUUACCGCCGCCUUGGACCCCUCUGCUUCUUCCCAAAACUUGUCACGAGAAGAAGUCGCCAAAAUGCGUCUAGCCUUCAAUCUCUUUGUCGACCGCAUUUGCGGCUUCAUCGGCUCCUACUACGUCUCUCUCGGCGGCCAAGUCGAUGCGCUUGUGUUUGCUGGCGGGAUCGGCGAGAAGAGCGAUCGACUAAGGGCGGCUGUCGUCGAGCAAGUGGGCUGUCUCGGGUUUGGACUGGUCGAUAAGGAGGCGAAUGAGACGAGGGUGGGACAGGAGCUGGAUGAUGAUCAUGCUGUUAUUGAGAUUGCUCCACAAACCAAAAAGGGAGGUCAUAGGGUCUUGGUGUGCAAGACUGAUGAGCAGUUCGAGAUGGCGAGGGCGUGUGCGGAGGAUGGCGAGUUUUGGCGAUGA